GUAUAUGAGUUUUGAAGAUUAUGAGACCGAACUGUUAGAGUCCCUAACAGUGCCUGUCAAUGGACUUCCAUCCGAAUUUGAUUCAGAUGAGGGAUUGAUUCCUAUGGCAAUGAAUGGUGAAACAUCAGAUAACCCGAACAUUGAAAUUGGAGUCAAUGAGGAUCCAACAUCAGAUGCUCAAGUGCCACAAAUAAUAAUUGAUGAGGCACAUGUUGAUCCAUCUGAAACAGAGGAAUCCAUCGUCCCGGGACUUUUGCAGGUUUGCUCAAAGGACGGAGGAGAGGGUUCAAGUACAGGAGUGAACUCAAAUAUUAAAUGGACGGGAUGGUCUCCUGCACAACUAAAAACAAAAAAACAUCCUCUCCUAAAUCAAAAAAAGGCAAAGGGGCACUGUACCAAGGACCAAUUAAACGUGAAAGUGGAGAAUGUGGUGAACUCACGUCAUAACCUUGUAGAAUUGCAGAAGAAGUACCUGGAAAACGAGGAGCUUCGUCGAGUUGAAGAACAUGAAUUAAAAAUGGCAAUUCAGAAACAGAAAUUAGCCGCUUUGGAUUUAGAAAUCGAGAGGGAACAGAAACUGUAUUUAAAAAAAAUGGAGUUACUAGAAUGUGAAUUAUCGAUUAAAAAAAAAACACUAGAGUUGCUAGAAAAAUAAAA